AUGGAGGAUUUUCUCUCUCGAGGGCGAUAUUCGCAAAUUGCUACGCAAGGCACCGAGCUAGUCAUUGAUGAUGAAGAAACAUCCACCUUCAUAGAAGAUCAUGGCGGAAUGAGCAAGCUUCUCAGGCCAACAGAGCUUCUACUCCUUACAUGCCCCAGUAUUGGACUCCAAGUUUGUUGGUUCUUGCUAACCUCCAGUGGCACGGUUUUUCUACUCUCACUCGGAAUUCCUAACUUUGUCAUCUCACUCGUAUGGGUUAGUGGGCCAUUGUUUGGUGCUUUUGUGCAGCCGAUUUUCGGUCUCCUCAGCGACGAGUCCCAGGGCCGUUUGGGGAAGAGGAUACCAUUCAUCGUAGGUGGUGCCACGAGCGCAACUGCUUUUCAGUUGGCUUUGGCCUACGCAAGGGAACUCACGGACUGGGGAGUAAAUGUGAAGCUUGGGGAUGGAAACAAGGGCACAGAUCUAUGGCAGACACAGGUCUUUGCCGUUAUCUGUGUGCUCGUCAUAACGUUCGCCUUGCAAGCUUACGCAGUCGGGUUGAGGGCUUUAAUCGUGGAUAAUUGCCCACCUAGCCAGCAGGUGACCGCGGCUGCUUGGGCCAUGAGAUGGAACGUGUUGGGGAACGUAAUAUUGGCUUCUUUUGGCUUUUUGGAUGCUCAGUGGUCGUUCUUCGCAGGAGACGCCACCAUGAGGUUUAAGAUGCUUACCAUCGUUGCGGCGACUUGCUCCUCAGCAACUGUUGGCCUUGUUUGCGUCUUCAUUCCCGACAGCAACGCGAAAAUCGUUCGAGGCUGCUCGUCAUCUUUCUUCCAAUGCUGUAGAGACAUGUUCUCGCUAAGUUUGUUAACAAAGCAGUGGGCCCAGCUUCCUCGGAUCACUCGAAAAGUCUGCAUGAUCCAACUAUUUGCCUGGGCAGGGUGGUUUCCCAUUUUAUAUUACAUGUCCACUGACAGUAGAGUAGCCCUUUUAGACAAUGACGGACGGACAGGGCAGGCAAUCGAAAAACAUGACCUUGCGCUUGUCGAAAACGCAAGGAAGUACAGCUUUUUUGCCUCCUUUGCCUUUGCGCUUGGGGCAUUAUUCUCGAGUGUCUUAUUCGGCAUAUUAGAGCGAGCUAUACCGACAGCAUUGAAGCUGCCUCAUGUAUGGCUUACCUCACAAUGUCUCUUAGGGCUGUGCAUGCACCUUACGUUUUUCUCGCGGAGCGGCACAACAGCCGUCAUUAUCGUCGCAAUGAUGGGCAUCACAGCACCUGUAACCAUGUGGAUUCCUUUCGCACUGAUUAGUACGGAGAUUUCUGAGGCCUUCAUAGGCAAACCAUACGAAGAAGUCGGACGGAUCAUGGGGUUACAUAACAUGGCCAUCUCCUUGCCUCAAAUCGGCUCUACACUCGUCUGUGCGAUCCUCUUGGCAGUUCUGAAGCUGCUCAACGUCGCGGAUAGCGUGGCUUGGGUGUUUCGGUUGGCUAGUGUGGCGGUGUUCUAUUCAGUAUACCUGAUACAGAAACUGUGCUGA